AUGUCAGACAAGACACCAUACGUAUCCUCCUCGGGGGCACUCACAUCCCAGCCCCUCUAUAAUCGCAUCUCCAACUCGGCCUCCGACAUGGCGACCAUCGUCUAUCUCUUCUUUGAGACGCUCAUCAGCCCUAUUGCCAACCCAGCCUCGUGGACUGACCCUUCCGCGCGACCCGCACAGCGCGCUCAGAGACCCGCUAGAAGAUCAGCCGGAGGCGGAGGCGGUGGCAACGGGCCUCGGCCUGGGGGCGGCGGAGGGAGUGGAUUCAUGACCAUGGGAGAUAUCCGUGGUGGAGAAACUGUGGACGGUUGUCGUGCAACCUGCGGAUAG